AUGGCACCGUGCCAGACCGCCUUGAGUGUCUCGAGGUACGCAUCCAGGAUCUGGGACUUGACGGGCUGCGGCAACGCCUGCACAAAGGCCCCAGUUGAAAGCUCGGAUGCCCUGCCGCCCCCAAGGGUACUUCUCACGGCGGGAAUCCGAUAUCCGGCAGGAAACAGCGUCGAACCGGUUUUGAAACGUGACGCUGGGGAUCGUGAUGUCCCAUCCGUAGCCGAAGCUCCGCAAGAACGAGUACAUGCCGGUGGUGCUGGCAACGUCCUUUUCAGGCAAACUUGCCAGCGCCGCGGGCAGAAGAGUUGGGAGGAGAAAGCGGCCCCCUACGGCAUCUGCUAUCUGAAGCAUGGCCCAGACGCCCGCGUGCGUAUCCUUGUCCAGAAGAACGUUGAGCCUGGGCCCGAGUGUGCUCAGGACAAAGCCUACGGCGUGUAG